CCCCCCUCUUCCUCCUCCUUUUCUGUCUCUGUCUCUCUUUCUUCCCUUCUCUUUCUCUCUCACGGGAAUUUACGCUUUUAUUUGUUUUUCUUUUCACGGCUGCAGCAUUGAGUCUGCAACAAGACAACUUAUUUUGCCACCAGCAGACUAAUAGGAGACAUUUUUAGCAGUGUUUUUUUUUUUUAGAUUAAAAUUCGUAGAUAAUUCGUUUGCAUUACCAAAAAAAUCUGCUCCCUGGUCUGCUCUCAUGUCCUGUCCUGUCCCGCAUUUGUAAUCCUGCGCCUUGCAGAACGAAUCCGCUGGACUGGUGCCUUCCUAUUGAGACGCAAGAGGCAUAGACACAAGCCUGCGUCUGAGCGCAACAACACCAGCUUCUAUUAUAAACAAACAUACCCCCCAAAUAAAAAAAAAAUAGAAACACUUUUAAAAACCUGCGGGGUUACAAAUUGUGGAGGAUUUCAACGAGAAGUUGCAUGUGCAGGAGACAUAGUCCGGGACAGAAGGAAUGGGAUACCCGGGCAGCAGAGCAGAGAGAGGAUGGAAAGGAUGGACGCUCCUGGUUUGGGUCGCCGCUGUCAGCUUGGUGCUCGCAGACGGACGGAGAGUGAGGCAGCCCAGAUGUCCCGUUGGAUGCACCUGCACCAAAGACAAUGCCCUGUGUGAGAAUGUCCGAUCUGUGCCUCACACUUUCCCAUCCGACGUCGUGUCACUAUCUUUUGUCAAGUCUGGAUUUAAUGAAAUAACAGGAGCAAGCUUUGUCCACACUCCUGCCCUGCAACUGCUAUUAUUCACAGCAAAUUCAUUUGACCUGAUAGAUGAGGAUGCAUUCUUGGGUUUACCACAUCUUGAAUAUCUAUUUAUUGAAAAUAACAAAAUCGCAUCGAUAUCCCCAUUUGCCUUCCGGGGCCUGAAAGCACUCAUACAUCUGAGUCUGGCUUACAACAACCUUGAGACACUGCCAAAAGAUGUCUUCAAGGGCAUGGACGCUUUGACCAAAGUUGAUCUACGUGGCAACAACCUGAUAUGUGACUGCAAGCUCAAGUGGUUGGUAGAGUGGAUGCACCACACUAAUGCCACCCUGGACCAGAUCUACUGCAGCGGUCCACCCAUUCACCAGGGGAAGAAGAUCAAUGACCUGCUGCCACACAAUUUCGACUGCAUCACAGCAGAGUUUGCCUCUUAUCAGUCGCUGAAGUUUGAGUCCAUUUCGGUGGGGGCCUUCACCUUCGGUGAAGAUCAGUAUGUGGUGUUUGCCCAACCGUUUGCUGGGACAUGCAGCUUCCUGGAAUGGGAUCAUGUUGAGAUGACCUUCAGAACGUACGACACCAUUGAAAGCACCUCCACUGUGGUGUGCAAGCCCAUGGUGAUUGACAACCACCUCUUUGUCAUCGUGGCCCAGCUGUUUGGGGGCUCGCACAUUUACAAACGCGACACCUCUGCCAACAAGUUCAUCAAGAUCCAGGACAUUGACAUUCUGAAGAUUCGCAAACCUAACGACAUCGAGACGUUCAUGAUUGACGGAGAGUCUUUCUUCGUCAUCGCUGACAGCUCAAAGGCCGGCUCCACAACGGUGUACAAAUGGAACGGCAAUGGCUUCUACUCCCACCAGUCCCUCCAUCCAUGGUUCCGGGACACAGAUGUAGAGUAUUUGGAGAUCUCCAACAAACCCCACCUGAUCUUGUCCAGCAGCUCUCAGAGGCCUGUCGUCUACCAGUGGAACAGGAGCCAGAAACAGUUUGACCGCAGGACUGACAUACCGGACAUGGAGGACGUCUUCUCUGUCAAACACUUCCGGGUCAAAGGUGAGCUUUUUAUAUGCUUGACAAGAUUCAUCGGAGACUCCAAGGUGAUGCGCUGGGACGGUGCCAUGUUCAAGGAGGUCCAGACAUUUCCUUCCCGCGGCUCCAUGGUGUUCCAGCCUGUCUCCAUCGGCAACUGGCAGUAUGCCAUCUUGGGCAGCGAUUAUUCACUGACGCAGGUCUACCAAUGGGACACCGAGAGGGGCCACUUUGUCCCAUCUCAGGAGCUGAAUAUCCAGGCGCCUCGAGCAUUUUCUCUGGUUUCCAUUGACGACCGGGUGUUCCUGCUCGCAUCCAGCUUCAAGGGAAAAACUCAGAUUUAUGAGCACCUUAUGAUCGAUCUGAGUAAUUAAACCCAUCGUCAGUUUGGGACAAAGUAUGUAGAUUACCAUUCAAAUGCUUUCAUUCUGUCAUGUGUUGAACUUUUUAGUCCCAUUAGAAACCACCAGCAAUUUCCACCUUACUUUAAACAAAAGGAAGUUUUAUGCAGGAGCUGAAACUAUCUAAAGAGGUAUUUCAAAUGCAGUUGAGGACCUUUAGGUUGAGAUUAAGUGGUUGAAAUGUUUUCAUUUGUUAUGACCACUGAGUUUUUUAAAGGGUAACUGUGAUAUUUUUCAACCUGAACCCUGUUUUCCAAUGAUUUUGUGUCUAAGUGACCAAUGGGAACAACAAUUUUUGAAGUUGGUCCAGUAUUGAGCUAAUCAGGGCUGCAGCAGCAGCAGCGAAACAUGCUGCAAUGUAAUCACUUGGGGCAACUGGACACUGUCAAUUUAUGUCUACUAAACAUGUUUGUUUUUGCCACUGACAGGCUCAGAUUAUUAUUCACAGUAUCUAACAUUAAGGAAAGGAUCCCUACAGAGAUAGAACUCUUUGUUAAACAAGAAACAGCCCUGAAAUCGACAUCGCCAAAGCCACCAGACUCCAUUUACAGAAACAGUAGUUUUAUCAUCAUAAAACACUUCAUUCAAAGUUGAAAGAAACAGAGAAAUACUUGUAAAUGUCGAUUUGGUUCAUCUUUACACUAUUCCAACAUUUACCAACUCUGGUUUGGUUGAAAUAAACUCUUAAUUCACCCAGUUGGAUGUGAAAAUAUGCUGCCUCUAUACACACUAAAAUUAGUUGGUUUUUUUUUUUGGUUUUUUUUUUAGUCUGGUGGGUUUGGCAAUGCAGAUAUUGGGGCUGUUACUUGUUAUACAAAAAGACCUUACCCUUUAAAAACAGGUCUCUCCUUGUGGGAUUCCUUCCCAUACCCAGGUAGCCAAAAUGACCUGGCUUAGAAUCGGCCUGAACCUCCGGACUCCCGAACUGUCGGAUGAAAUUAGCUGGGCUGGGUCCGGUUGCCCCAGUCAGCUGAGACGCAGCAUGAAAGACGCCCCAGAAUUGGGCCAAAUCAGCUGGCCUGAUUCUGGCUGCCAUCACUGGGCCAUUAUCAGACAUGACCUGGCCCAGCAUUGGCCCAAACUCAGCAUAAUGGAUGAAAAUAGCCAGGCCGCAACUAGUUGCUUGACUCGGCUGAGAAUCUGUAUGAAUGACACCCCAGAAUUGGACCGAAUCAGCUGGCCCGACUCCGGCUGCCGAUACUGCCAUCACUCGGUAAUGUUGAAGACACUUAAUAUAACAAUCUGAGCCAGUCAGUGGCAAAAACAAGCACUUUUAGCGGACGUAAACUGACAGUAUGAAUACACUGCAGCCUGUUUCGCAGCUGCUGGCUGCAGCCCUGUCGCUCAAUACUGGACAAAUUUUAAAAAAUUGUUGUUCCUGUUGGUAACUUAAACAUAAAAUGAUGGGAAAAAACAGUAGGGAAAAAUGAAAAAUACCCACCCUUUAAGAGAUUUGACACCAUUCGCAUAACAUAGAAAAUAUAUUCUACACAGUCCCUGAUGCCUAUGUUCAGCAGCCAGCUGCAGUUACUUAAUUUUGAUAAACUCCUUGCAUUUUCAUUUUGAAUACUCACUAUUUAGAAAUGCCUUAUACUCCAUUUGUAAUUCCACUCAGAGUGCGAACUGACUAUCUUUCAGGAAAAACAAGCUAUGAACUCACUGCUUUGGUCUUUGAUUCAAACCUACAGGGGACCUUGCAGUUAAUAGACACAGAGUAUACUUCUGUAUUCAUCUCCAUACAUUAUUUUUAUUUCUGUUGUAGGAAUGUGAUAGGAAAGACUUAGGAGUUUGGUAGUAGUAAUGACCAGGCAAUAAUAGGCAAAGGUGUUCAGAUUGUAGAGUUUUUCUAGAAAAGUGAAAGACAGAAGAGGAUUUUUUUCUUUGAACUCUUCUUUAAUUUAACAAGCAUUUCAGGAAAAUCGAUUUCAGAUCAAAAUGUCCUUACAAGAGAUUAUUCACAGUGGAAUGUAAGCUAGUGAGAUAUACGUGAAACAAUUGGUCUUAAGACUCACUUCUGACAAAGCCUGGGUUGUUAGAUACCUUGUGGACGAUGGGCGCCCUCACAAACGUACAAGAAGUUUUUUCAAAUUGGAAACUUACCCAGUGUAGCAGCAGCGACAUUAGGGGUAGUUUGUUAUAAUAUAAGACCUGAGCUUGAAAAAUAACAAGCAUUCAACCAAAUGCAGGUUAAGUUUGGGCUAGGCUUAUUUGAUGACAGUUAUUUGCAUUCGUCCAGCGCAAUUUGGCAUCCCGUCAACAUAUUUCCAUGUUUUGUGAUUAUCUCCUAAUAGAAGUGACUCCAACGUAUAUUAAAUUAGGAAUCCACUAAGCAUUGUGAGAAACUGAGAAUAAACACCUUCUUUUCUGUCUACUCCACGACCAUCAGUUGAGCAAGACUGCAUGCAUGAUACAGACACUCAUGGUGUUGACUCCUGAUGAAUGACUCGCUAGAAGCAUCCCACUGUGUGUCACCUCGCCCUCCCUCUUUCACUGCACUCUUGCCCUUUUCUCCCUCAUUGACAAAACCAUUGUUGUCUUUACUCCGCAACUAAAAAAAAAAGCCACCCACUGUGUGGCACCUGGUACCUGUGCUUUCACACGGUCCUCUUACUCUGACACAAAGGAAAGCUGAAUUCUCAUAACAACUAACGACGUCACUGAUUUGCCAAAUAUAAUGUUUACGUUUUUACAAUACUGUGUAAAGUAAUUUAUAUGAUGUUGCUUUUGUAUGUAGAGGGGACCACACUCAGUGUUUUAUUUUUCAUAGAUGUAGAGUUUAGUGUAGAUUAAGGAUCACGUGCUUAAAUGCUGUAUAACAUGCUUCUUCUGCAGAACAGUGUAGGCUUACUUGUGUCAGUCUAAUCUAGUUUGGUGAGGAUAGAGGAUAUUAGAUACUCCUUUGUCGUCCUGCUCAUUGUAUUUUAUGUACAGUGGUAAUAAAACACUAAAAUGUCAAA